GAAACGGGCUCAGGGAAGACCACUCAGAUCCCUCAGUACCUCUACGAAGCAGGAAUUGGCCGCCAAGGCAUCAUUGCUGUGACCCAGCCUCGCAGAGUAGCAGCUAUAUCCUUAGCUACCAGAGUCUCGGACGAGAAGAGGACAGAGUUGGGGAAACUGGUUGGCUAUACCGUACGCUUCGAUGAUCUUACAUCUGAUGAAACGAGAAUCAAGUUUUUAACAGAUGGAAUGCUGCUUCGCGAAGCUAUCGGGGACCCUAUGCUGCGGAAGUACAGCGUUGUCAUCCUGGAUGAAGCCCAUGAGAGGACGAUCCAUACAGAUGUACUCUUUGGAGUGGUGAAAGCUGCACAGAAGAAGCGAAAGGAACUGGGCAAACUGCCACUAAAAGUGGUCAUCAUGUCAGCUACGAUGGAUGUUGACCAGUUCUCCCAGUACUUCAAUGGAGCUCCUGUUCUCUAUUUAGAAGGCCGGCAACAUCCCAUUCAGAUCUUUUACACCAAGCAGCCUCAGAGUGAUUACCUCCAAGCAGCACUAGUGUCAGUCUUCCAAAUCCACCAGGAAGCACCCUCUUCUCAGGACAUCCUGGUGUUUCUGACUGGUCAGGAAGAAAUUGAAGCAAUGACCAAAACCUGUCGAGACAUUGCCAAGCAUCUCCCUGAUGGCUGCCCACAGAUGAUGGUGAUGCCUCUUUAUGCUUCUCUGCCCUACUCUCAACAAGUCCGCGUCUUUCAGGCUGCCCCCAAGGGCUGUCGCAAAGUGAUCCUCUCCACCAACAUCGCAGAAACCUCCAUCACCAUUGCGGGAAUAAAAUACGUUGUGGACACAGGCAUGGUCAAAGCAAAGAAGUACAGCCCUGAAAUUGGUCUGGAAGUGUUGGCAGUCCAGCGGGUGUCGAAGGCCCAGGCUUGGCAACGAACAGGGAGAGCAGGACGAGAGGACAGUGGGAUCUGUUACCGGCUCUACACAGAGGAUGAGUUUGAGAAGUUUGACAAAAUGACAAUACCCGAGAUACAGAGGUGUAAUCUGGCCAGCGUGAUGCUUCAGCUCCUGGCCCUAAGAAUUCCCAAUGUACUCACCUUUGACUUCAUGUCCAAACCAUCUCCUGACGCUAUUCAAGCAGCGAUUGAGCAGCUGGACCUGCUGGGAGCUGUGGAACGAAAGGAAGAUCAGCUUGUCCUAACCCCACUGGGAAGGAAGAUGGCAGCCUUUCCGCUGGAACCAAAGUUCUCUAAAACCAUUCUCCUGUCCCCCAAGUUUCACUGUACAGAAGAGAUCCUGACCAUCGUGUCGCUGUUAUCAGUGGACAGUGUCCUCUACAAUCCCCCCGCCCGGCGGGAUGAAGUGCAAUCCGUCAGGAAGAAAUUCAUCUCCAGUGAGGGGGAUCAUCUUACCCUGCUCAGCGUGUACAGGGCCUUCAGAAAUGUCAGUGGCAACAAGGAAUGGUGCAAAGAGAACUUUGUCAACGGCAGGAACAUGAUGCUUGUGUCAGACGUCAGAGCUCAGCUCAGGGACAUUUGUGUAAAGCUAUCGAUGCCGAUCGAGUCCUCCCGCUCAGACACCGGAAACAUCCGCCGCUGCCUGGCUCACAGCCUCUUCAUGAACGCCGCGGAGCUGCAGCCGGACGGCACCUACAGCACCGUGGACUCUCACCAGUCGGUGGCCAUCCACCCCUCCUCCGUGCUCUUCCACUGCAAGCCAGCCUGCGUGGUUUACAACGGGCUGCUUCACACCAACAAGUGCUACAUGCGGGACCUGUGCGUGGUGGAUGCGGACUGGCUGUAUGAUGCAGCGCCUGACUAUUUCCGUAGGAAACUCCGAAUGGCCAAGAACUGACCUGUGGGUCUGGGACCAACAGGUCCAGGGUUUUUAGGCUCACACUGAAAGACUAUUUUUUGUUUUGUAAUGAAUGUAUGGGAGCAGUAGAGCUUUGCCUUGCAAAUCAGGUAAAAACCUUAGAGGAAGAUGGCUUCUCCAUGAGAGCCAGACCUCACAAAUCUCUGUGGCUUAGAACAAUCAUCCUUUUUAACAGUUAAUCUGUAAAAG